AUGGCUGAAAGUAAUGAUGGUGCUAUUGCUUCCGCCUUGCAAGCAGUGACUCAAGAUGUGGAGAACAACCAACAAGGAGGAAAUGACGAGUUCUACAACUUGGCAAAGUUUCAGAGGAACAACCGCCUACCUUCAAAGUUUGGUAUGCAUAUGCUGACUGAGGAAGUUGAUGAUUGGUGGGAAUAUGUACGUUGCAAGAAAGAGAUUGAGUUUCUAAAAUUGAAACAAGGGAACUCAAUUGUUGUUGAAUAUGCUGUUAAGUUCGAGGAACUUGUGAAAUUAUGUCCACACUACAAUGAUACAGCUGCAGAGGUUUCCAAAUGUAUCAAAUUUAAGAAUGGGUUGCGUCCUGAGAUCAAGCAGGGCAUCGGGUAUCGACAGAUUCUCCGGUUUCCUGAAUUGGUGAAAAAAUGCAGAAUAUAUGAUAAGGACAAUAAGGCUCGGUCUGCUCAUUAUAAAAGUUUGAGUGAGAAAAUGGGAAAGCAGCUGGAUCAUGGAAAGUCGUAUAUUAUUCUAGCUGACAAAGGGAAAUAA